AUGGCUCUAAGCUUCGUUCCGGCUGCGGCCGUAGUGUCGGCACUUGCGAUUGGUGGCAGCAGUCGCCGUGUGUCGGGGUUCAUGUUGCAGUCGCACGCGUUCAAACCGAAGCUCGAGGCCGGGGGCGGCGGACUCCGCCCGCGCUACUCCCAGGUACCCACAGCCACCAGAAGUGGUACAGAUAUCAGGCUUCAGCGCUCAGCUGAGAGCUGGAUGCUGUCACAGCAUCGGCAGCAAUUCCCGACAGAGCACCAGCGGCACCGAGCAACCAGAACGGACCGAUCAGCAGCGGCCACGACAAUGUCGGCAGCGGAUCAGAUAGGUCCGGGAUCGGUCGUGGUUUUCGACUCAGACGUCAGGGGACGGCCCCCAGCGCUUGGCCUCGUAACAGAGAGCAGCGUCGGCAAGAAGAAGUUGACAUAUACGGUGCAGCCGGUGGAGGCGGCGUCCGGCAGCAGCACCAAGACGACCGUCGCCGCGCGGCAAGUGCGGUACGUCGUCCCCGGCGGCAGCGGCUACCAGGCCAAGGACCUCGCGGCGUUCGAGGAUAGUCCAGAGAUCGACGAGGGGCUUAUAGAGGAGGCCUGGGAUAUGAUGCUCGAGGAAAGCACAGCGGGUAGCGACGGUGCGGCGGCGGCGGCGGCGGCGGCGAACGAUGAUCCCCGAGGCAUGGCGGAGCUGCUGUUCGGCGUCGGGGACCCCUCGCCGCAGCAGUGCUACCACGCGUUCCGUCUGUUGGAGGGCAGGGAUGGGACGUUAUACUUCAAGCGGCGGCGGGACGGCACCUACGAGUGCCGAUCGAGGGAAGCAGUUGAAGUGGCGCGCCGCCAACUUAGCCAGGAGGACGCCGUGAAGGCCAAGAAAGCCGACUUUGUCGCCAGCCUGCAGGCGGGACUGAACGAGGGAGGCGGCUACCGGAAGACGCCGCUCGUGGUGGGGGACUUCGACGAAGAGCAGCAGGAGAUGCUCAGCGGGCUUGAGAUACUGGCGGCACAGUCCGUCGCGCGGACGAACUUCGCGUCGAGGACUACGGCCGAGGAGGCGCUAGGGAGGGAGCUGCUCACCCUGUUGGGCCGGUCUCCCAACCCUUCGAACGCGUUCCAUCUGUGCGUCCAGCUGGGGCUGAUGAAGCACCAUGAGAACCUCUACAUGCGGGAGGCGGGGAUCGAUAAGACCUUCUCCGAGAAAGCCAUGACCCAGGCUAGAGCGAUGAUGGAGUCUCCCCCGCCCGACCCGGAGGCUAGCAUCCGCCGGGACCUGACUCACCUAAAGGUGUACGCCAUCGACAGCGAAGACACCAACGAGGUGGACGACGGCCUGAGCGUGGAGGCGCUGCCCGACGGGGCCGGAGAGAGGGUCUGGGUCCACAUCGCCGACGUGUCGCGGUGGGUGCCAGAGGGCAGCCCCCUGUACGAGGAGGCCAGGAGGAGAAGGACGACGAUCUACCUGCCGGAAGGCGCGGAGCCCAUGUUCCCAGCAGAGGUCGCCCACGGAGUGCUGUCACUACGGUGA